AUGUCGUUAUUUAACCAAAGUUUGGAUUUUCAUGAGCAGCUUCCGAUUGAGGAUCUGUGCAGUCUGACGUCGCAGUCGCUAACUGUUACGCUGACAGCUGCGGUGCCAGAAUCCACAGAGGAUGUUCUCAUGAAAGGAUUUGCCAUACUGGGGAUGGAGGAUGAAAGAAUUGAAACAGCACAGCAGUUCUUCUCCUGGUUUGCUCAACUACAGACGCAGAUGGAUCAAGAUGAAGGUGCAAAGUACAGACAGAUGAGGGAUUACUUGUCUGGGUUUCAGGAGCAGUGCGAUGCUAUACUGAAUGAUGUGAAUAGCGCCCUCCAGCAUCUGGAGUCAUUGCAGAAGCAGUAUCUUUUUGUGUCCACAAAGACAGGAACGCUACACGAAGCCUGUGAACAACUUUUGAAAGAGCAG